AUGACGGAAGCUCUUCCCCACGGCAUCGUCUUCAACACCCACAGCAUCCGCUCGGAGCUUAACCAUGACUCGCAUGUCGAGGUUGAGGAUGUGGCCAGGCUGUGGAGAGUCUAUACGACGAAUAAGACCACCCUGGAGAAGGAUGCAGGCCGACGGUUGGAGAACCUCUUUUGGAGGAUAUGGAGUAACGGACGGAUAAGCUGCACCAUCCGUGGCUACACGCUGGCCUCUCUCUUUAUCCAGAUCUCGGAAGGGGAGUACACCACCGAAGAGUGGCUCAGGAAGGAAAGAGAGCUUGCUGGCCUUAAGCCGAGGGCCAUUCCUCACGGGUUUUACGUUGACAACUCACUGCCUAAGUCACCAUCCUUUCAGGGGCCAAGCAGGAGUAACAGCUCCAGACUCACUUCAUCCGGCAGUAGUAUAAAAACAACCCUUCCACCAUCCAUCCUAAAGAAGCCGCGGCCGCCGUCGGACGAACAGCUGCCUGACUCGCCUUCCAGGAGGGGCGUUACCGCAUCCUAUUCGGGAGACAGUCUGUACCAGCAGUCUGACAGGUCACGCUCCGGCUCAAUCAGGAGAAAAAAGACCACUUUUGCCAGUAAUCUCACAUGCUCACAGGAGAUGGAUCCAGGUUCUCUCCCUCGAAGGAUCAACCGGCCUUUCCCCACGAGGACUCUCGACAGUCCUGCCGAGCUUCGGCCGCAGUCACCUCCAUCCAAGUUUAGGGGUCCAUUUGACGACAGUCCUGCUCAAUGUAAGAACCCUACCCCGGCUAUCACUGGAAAUGGAUGUAAUAUUGAUAUGAGCUCCAAAACCCCAGUUUAG